GCUCCUUGCUUGCAAUACAUGAGCAGUAGUUGCUUCGCCUCCUGCUGUUGUGCGCCUACCAUGUGCUACGCUUGCGAGCCACGACUGGCAACCCUCAAGAUGCCCCAGAUCCCCACCAGGCCAGAGCCCACUGGGCCCCAGUACUUCACUUUUGAUCCCCUCCCAGAGGUGGAAGGGAGCCCAGCUCACAAGAAAGGCUCCAAGGCCAGCAGGAGCAAAAAGAGAUCCCGGAGAGUACUCUACCCCCCAGUGGGAAAGCGCUACUACCCUACUGAGGAGCCCAGCUAUGCCAAACGCCUGCUCUUUAUCCUCCUUGCAAUUGUCCUUUUCCAAAUCUACAGUGCUGAAGAGGAGCUCCUUCCCACAUUACCUUCCCUGAGCACUGAGGAAAACAUCUCCCAUUGCUCCGUGGAGUUGAGGGAAUCUCAUGGGGAGCCCCACCUUUUGCAAGAGCCUGUGCUCGCAGCACCCUCCAUGGAAAUCCUGGAAGUGGUCAAUGCAACUGGCUGGCACUGGGGAGAGGACGAGACAUCCGAAUCCACGGUUGACAUCACCCAGCUUUUAGAGCAGAAUCCAGCUGCUUUCUGAAGAUUCCCCUGUGGGAAUGAAUUGAGAAGGAGGCUAGGUUGGACUGCAACACGUUAGAGGGUUACCACUGCCAUCGGCAGGAUCCUCGGCUUUGGAAGAAAAGGCGACUUUCUUCUAGGCAGAACUGUAACCACAGAUGGGUUAAUGCUGUUGGGAACUCAGCCAGCAUCUUCCAACACACUGCAAUGACUUCACCGUGAACCCAGUGAGGCUGACUGACUGACGUCAAUAAAACGGCUCUUGACUUGAAUUGACACUACAUUGUAACACUGGGCGGGGAAGUUCCCUGUUUCUGCUUCAGGCCAGAUAGUUGGCGAGCAGAAGGAAGGACAAGAAGUUUAUUUAAUAUUUAUUUAUUUAAUAAUAAUAAUAAUAAUAAUAAUAAUAAUAAUAAUAUUAAAUAUGUGUAAUUUCAACUGACGUAUGGUACUUAAAAUUGUGUGAAACCAAGCAUUUGCAUGGAAUAUCUUGGCUCACAUGUUGGGCUGAAAUGAAAGGAUCACUUUGAUUGUUUAGUGAAACUAUUCUACUGUGGCUUUUGGAAAGGUAAUUAAAAUCUCUAACAUGGAAAAAAUGAUGACUUAUAGAUUUAUAAUCUGUACUUCUGUAGUGGGAAAAUGUGCUGUUGGAGAUUGAUCUAUGAAGGGGAAGCCACAGAAAUGUUGAGGGAGGAUGGCGUGAUGCUCUUAAUUGAUCUGCUGGGGAAACCAUUUGUAUGGCAGGUAAUAAAAGUAAAUAAAACACUGAGAGACAAAUAAUACUGUAUGACAUUUCUUAAUCCAAUGAGAAAGAGAAGCCUCACAUAUUGUGAGUUCUUGAUAAGAGGACACAAGAGGAAAGUGAAGACUUCUCACAUUUCUCACGUUAAAUUGUUCUUUUAAAUGGCAUCUAAGAAUGUGUAUUUCCUGCUCUUGAGUAUUAGCCAGCAGUGUUCUUUGUUAGAGCAUUUUGCUUACUGUGUAAGCAUGGGCCUCUAUCUCUCUCAAAAAAAGCACUGAGCACAUCCAGACCAGCAUUUCUGAAAUGGAAGUAAAUUUCUUUUGUGAAUUGCACUUUACAUGUCUCCAUGAAUUGUCUGAAGUCUGUAUGUUCUGUGAACAAAUGAAUAAAAGUUUGAAAUGA